UCUGACGAGGUAGGUUAACGCUAUAGAUACAGAGACUAGGAGGGGGUUAGUCGUAAGGAUGUACAGGGGUGGACAGAAUCAGCGAGGAGGGAUGGGAGGCUACGGGAACGCGGGCGGGGGCGACAACGGAUAUGGCGGGUACGCAGGCAAUAACGGGAACAACGUGGACACAGGUGGUAGUAUGGGUGGUAACUCGGGUGGAUACGGGGGAGGCGCCUCAGGUGGUAAUGGCGGAAUGGGGGGUAGACAGCCCCCUACGUGUUAUACGUGCGGAUAUGGUUCGACGUACGAGAUUAGGCUUCAACUAGAGGCGGGACUUGAGGAGAAGUGGAGACAGCAGACAAAGCAAGCGGUAGAAGCGGCCGCAGCGGCGAAGGCGAAAGUCGAGGAGGCGAAAGCUAGGGCGGAAGAAGCGCAUGCCAAGGCAGAGGAGGCACGGGCCAAUUUUGAGAGAGCGAGGAUCGAGAAGGUGAAGAUGAGUGCGCGCAAGACAAGAGACACGCCGGCGAGCUCAAGUAGGAAGAGAGGCAGGGAGUAUGAAUCGGACGAAGUGACUUCGGAAGAUACAGAAUCGGACGACGACACCACUGACUCGGACGAGGAACUGAGGAGAACGAUCGAACGUUUGAAGAUGGAGAAGAGAGCGAGGAAGUCGGGAAAGAGGGGAAGACCAAAGAAACGGGAAAAUAUGGCGAAUGAGAAGACACCCUAUAAGACUCCUGAUAAGAUUCAGUCCACGACGGAACGGGGAGAGUGUUCGAGAGGGAAGGCACGAGUUAGGCGCAAUCGUGAGGAUAUGGAAGAUGUUUUGAGGAAUACUAACGACAUUGGAUGUGGCUUCGGGGAGCCAGGGGAUGAGAGCAAUCAAUGUCGGGACUCACAGAGGAUGGGAGGGAUAAAGUUUAACAUACCGAGGGGCGACGGUGAGAUGCGGACGGAUGAACCAAAGACACCUAUGGAGAACGGCUACAAGGGUCUGGCGGCAAAAUGUUCCAGGGAGGGCAUUAUCGACAACUGUCUAUCGACACAGAAGAUCCUAUCUGCUAAGAAGGCAUCGAUGCUGCGUAAGGUGUGUCAGAGGAAAGGCAUCAGAUAUACGAGGAAACCGGAGAUCAUCGAUGUCCUGGCUAGGGAGCAAGUGAAACUUGCAUACGAAGGUUUUGCGGAGGCGGAAACGGAGCCAGGGGAGGAGGAGGGAGCGGAAGUGAAUCUGGGGGAUGAUAUGGCGGGACCUGAAAAGAAAGGGAAGGCUCGAAACAGGAGGAAAGGUAAGAGGGAGAGGAAGAGGCUGAAAACGGGACAGUGUGAGAGGGUGAAGUGCGUCGUGAGUUUCACGCACGAUGGAGGGUACGAACGGAGGGUAUCGUUGAAGACGUGGUUGGAGGAAGAAUGGAUGAAGAACACGAAGGGCGAGAGAAGGGUACAGUUCCACGGGGGAGAGAUAUGGUCGGACGGGUGGAGGGAGAUAAAGAGAAUUUUUGGGAUGACGAAGGUAAGGAUUAACGGCAAGGUGAAGAAAUUGUCCUCGAUCAAGGGGGAAUUGCAGCGGGGAACGACGGCAGUAUUCAUUGGGAUCACUAAGACCACAACGACAACGGCUACGUAUAUGCAAGAACUAAGAUGGAUGCUAAAGAAACCGGUUUUAUUCAAGAAAAUGGUGAGUUAUACCACCAACCAGCUGGUGGGAAUGUUCCGGGUUGCAGGCUUCUUUAAGGGGAAGAAGGCCAAGAACGAUUUGAGACUGAAGAUUGACAAAGCCGUGAAGAAGAAGACCGGGGUGGGUAUACGGAAGAGGGUGCAGGUGAAGAUCACGUAUGACAGACAGCUAGUGAAGAGGGAGAUAAGACAGGCGACAGAGUGUGUGGUGGGUAGAAAGGUGAAGGAUGCAGCCGUCGCUAAUCAGAUCAAAGAAAGGGUACGGGUGACUUGGAAACAGAACAUGACGGUGGGGGAGAUUAUGCAUAAUCACCGGAAACAUGCACACGCUGGGGAACAGUUCUGCACAUGCAGGACAGCUGGUCUUCCUACCAUAGAUGGGCACGUGCUCACUCGGUUUUCCGAUUUGGAGGAUAUACCAGUUUUUAUGAAAAAUAGCAAAAAUGUGACAUGCAGGUCGAGGGGUGACGCCACUCAGGCGGUCGUGCAAGCUAUCGUCGAGGGGACGAAUCAUCUGGGAGGGAAGAUGGAGGAUGUCGACAUACCAGCCAGCGGUUUCAAGAGUAAGGAAGAGAUGGGGGCACGUGGGCAGGACAGGUGGGAUGAAGAGCAGGUGGCGAAGUGGUGUAUGAGAUUCAAGGGGCUGGUACUUGCCCCGGUGGACCGCAAUCAGGGCGAUACGACAGUUGUCUGCCCUGUUAUUUAUCGACACGCCUUUGGUAAGAUUUUCGCGUGGAACCGUGACUACGAAGAUGUACGAGAAAAGGAGCAGGACAUCCUGCUGAGAGCGAGGAGCGUUUUUGAGCAAGCCAACCUGCAUAAGAUCGCCGCGUGGAAGAUGGACGGGCGAACUGGACGGGCAUAUAUCAUUCCGAAGGAUAAGGACCUUGGCAGAUGGAGACCGAUAGCUCCGGCCACAGGUGACCCGACAGGGACGGCGCAGCGCAAGGUGGCUAGGGCGCUGCACUACCUUAUGAAGCUGUUCCCGAAGGAGCAGACUUUUUACCUCAAUCCGAUUCAGGAGCUACCUGCAAAGCUGGAGACGGUGCAGAAGAGAUUGACAGAGAUCGGAUGUACCGGGGCGGAGGGAAGAUGUUACGACAUCAAAGACAUGUUUACUAAGAUACCGCAUGAUGCGGUUCGGCGGGCGGUUAAGGUGUCCAGGAGAGGUAGAAUGUGUACGCUGCACAAGACAUGCACGGCGACGGAUGGCUAUAUGGGCAUCCGCUUCGAGAGUGUUUUUGCGAUGGUUCAGUACGAUCUCAGCAAUGCAUAUGUCGGUUGCGGACAGGUGAUGAGGAGACAGAUAUCCGGAAUCCCUAUGGGGAAAUGUACGAGCCCGUUCCGGGCCACGAUUACUUGUGCGAUGGCAGAGUUCAAUAUGCUGAAGGGGCUAGGCGUGGAUCGAAAGUUGGUUGGCGGAUGGAGGAUCGUAGAUGACAUCACGGUGGUGGUGGGCAGGCAGGCAACAGAGAGGAGUUCGAAUGAAGAGGUUCUCGGGAGGAUAGAGACCAGCCACGAUGAGAACCUGACUCUGGUCAGAAAGGACGGAGGGAAGGACUGGUGGCAGUUUCUAGGCGGAUCCUUCUACCUGCUGCAACAGCCAGUGAGACUGAUGUUCGUCCAGGGGAUGAUGAACAUGGUGGUACUAAGGGAGACUGCCAACAUAAAGUAUCAGACGAUGCAAGACUAUGCAUCGAGGGGCUUAGCAGGGGGAGAGGGAAGGCUUCUUCUUGGUUUCUCUUUCGCCAUGUCGUAUCUCAGAGACACUGAUGACGAAUAUUCGGUCGAGGUUGAUGAUGAGGAAGAAAACGAAGACGAGGAUGGAGACGUUGAGGUUGGUGACGUUCUGGAGCUCGUCGCCGCCGGCCGAGUCAGCACGCUUGCCAAGAAGAAGGGCGUCUAUGACACACCGGGUCUUCGCGAUAAGCUGGAGGAUCUCGCCUGGCCGUCCGAUCUGGACAAGAUCCAGACGCUGACGUGGACUUAUGGCGAUGCCGGCGAUGCCGGCGAUGUGGCCAUUGAGAAGGUUGACGUCAACGACGAUCUUGCUAGGGAAAUGGGCUUUUACACCCAGGCCAUCAGCUGCGUCAAGCAGGCGUACCGCCUCUUCGAGGCCCGGAAGAUCCCUUUUUCCCGUCCUAACGAUUAUUACGCGGAGAUGGUGAAAUCGGAUGCGCACAUGUUGAAGGUGAAGGACAAGCUGUUGUACGAAAAGCAGGUGAUGGAGGAGAAGGAGGAGAGGAGGAAGCAGAGAGAAGCGAAGAGAUAUGGAAAAGAAGUGCAGGCGGAGAAGCUCAAGGAGAAGGCCAAGCAGAAGAAACAGGCCAUCGACAGCAUCAAACAUAUGAAGAAGACUAGGAAAGGCGAUGGCGAUAGCCGCGGCGGCGGCGGCGGCGGCGACGACGGCGACGAGUUCGAUAUCGGGUUGGAGGAUGACGCGGAAAAUGGCCGGGGGGAGAAGACGACGGGGGGGGGGCGGGGAAAAGGCGGGGGAAUGGUGGCUGGCAAAAUUGGAAAUAGGGUUUACGAGGAGCACAAGGUGAGCAAGAAAAGGGAGGCAAAGAAUGAGAGGUUUGGCUAUGGCGGGAAGAAGAAGCAGAGGAAGCAGAACGAUGGAGAGUCAGCAGCGGAUAUGGAUGGUUUUAGGGGAGGGUUUAAGGAUCGCGAGAUGAUGAGAGAAGAUAGGAUGGGAGGUAGAAUGGGUGGCGGUCGUGGAGGCAGAGGAGGUAGAGGAGGAGGGAGAGGAGGGAGAGGAGGAGGGAGAGGAGGAGGGAGAGCUGGUGCGCCUGUUGGGCUCAGAAAACUUACGGCGAAGGGGACGAAAAAAAGACCCGGCAAAGCUAUGAGGAUGAAGUUGAAAUCCCGCAAUUUUUAAUGUUAAUCGCUCUCUUUUUUCCCCCUUCCUUUUUACCCACUCUUCAUCGAUUCCUCCCCCCCCCCCCCUACGAGAUCUGGCGGGCGAU